AUGAAUAGGCAAAAGCAGAGUACCAGCUCCAACAACAGUGGCACAUCCUCGGAAACCAGCGAAACGCAAAGUGUGGAUGACCAGCAAAGCACUGCGCAAUCGAACGUUCGUGCGAGCAGUGCAUCUUUUAGUAGAGCCAAAAACAGUUGGAGACGCAUGAAGGAGCUGGCUGCGGAAAAGGAGAAAGAAAAUGAGGCCAAGCGACCGCCUUGGCGGGCAGUUAGUGUUUCUACGCUUACGAAACCUGACAAAAGUGCCUUGCUUCGCGCCAAAUUACUGGAUGCUUCGAGACGGCUCAGAGCUGGCAAGGCAAAUGUGGCUUUGCAGACCGACUUUGUGCCCACAAAGCUCAUGAAGGAGGCCAGUUUUGGAGUGCAAAAAGAUUUGAUUCUUCACAAGGACAUAGGCAUCCUCACCGAUGGGCAGUACUCAAAAAAGAAGGAUGGCUAUGAGAAGUAUGUACUCACCUAUUCCAUGUCACAAAUGACCGAUAGUGUAGCCACAGUUUCGCGCCAAACACAAACACUUUUGCCACGGGCUUAUAAUAAUGAUCUGGUCAACUCGUAUCUAUCCAAAUCUAAUGAAGAUGACAGUGAUAUUAUCUCCGAUGUGGAAAAGAGACUUGGCGAUCAGAUUGCGAAGAUAAGAAAGCUUAACUUUAACGAAUCAAAUCAGCUAAGAUAUAAUUCUAAUUUGGCUCCUACUUUGGCAUCCUGGCAUUUUGAUGACGAUGCGGUGGAAAUGGAAUCGGAUCGACACUUUAUACCCUAUACCAUCGAAUCCUUUAAGCCAUGGCGCAGCUUUGUUCCAUUUCCCUUUCGGUUGAGGGGUAACACCCUGAUUGGCACCCAAAAAAUAGAUUGGUACGCUUUGUUGGAGUCAAUUGAUAACCUGAUCAAGGAGUCCAAUAAUUUGGUGGACAAGCUGGAGCAGAUUAUGCUGGAGAAGCAAGCGCAUCGCAAGUCGGUGAUAGGAAGUCUGGGCAAGAUUCCCAAGUUUGAGCCAGGAAACUUCAUAGCUCCUUCGGAGCAAUGGCUGCCACUCAUCGAACAGCAGGAAGAACAAUUGAAAAUUAUUAUGAGUGGAAGUGGCGCCAAGGAAGAAUCUUCCGAGAAGAAGUGUUAA